CGGUAGCAUGUGCAUAGUAGAGGCAUUUAAAUCCUAUGGUAAACAUCUCCGAACGUUUACAAGCUGACAUUCUUUGGAGAGUAAAGAUGAUGAUAUGGGUGACAUGGAUGUUUACUACAUUUGCCGCGGGAUUUUUUGCAAUUCUGGUAUUCCAAAGGAUGAAUUACCCAUUGUUUUGGGUGGAUUUGAUGUAUUACCUAAACCUUCGGAAGGUUGGAAAGGCGUUGAAGUCUCGUAUGCAGAGAGGAGUCACCACUUACCUCGAUAACUUUCUUUACCAGGCAAAGAAGAUACCUGACAAGGCUUUCAUAGUGUUUGAGGGUCAAACGCUCACUUACCAGGACGUUGAUAAAAGAAGCAACCAAUUUGCGAAAGUUUUCAGAACCGAAGGUGGCUUGAAGAAGGGUGAUAUUGUCGCUCUUCUGAUGAGCAAUGAGCCUGAUUUUAUUUGUGUGUGGUUCGGACUCAGUAAACUGGGCUGCGAAGUCGCUUUCCUCAAUUUCAAUAUCAAAUCCAAAUCGCUCCAAUUUUGUUUUGAAAGUUGCGGAGCGAAAUCGCUCGUCGUAGGCGCAGAUUUGGUGAGUUCACUGGGCGAGGUGUUACCCUCUCUAAAGGAGAAUGCCAUUGAGGUGUGGGUCACGGACAUUGGCUGCCCCCAUGAAGGGGUCAACACGUUACUGGACAAGGUGGAGCAGGCCUCAGACAUGGCCUUACCUGACUGUCCUAGAGCUGACCUCAUGUCCAACUUCCUGUUCAUCUUCACAUCAGGAACAACCGGACUUCCUAAGGCAGCCCGGGUGGGCCAUCUCAAAGCAGUCAUGUGCAUGGCCUUCCUUCGUCUGUGCGGGGCCCGUUCGGAUGACAACAUUUACAUCACUCUGCCCUUAUACCACAUGACCGCCUCUCUUCUGGGUAUUGGUGGAUGUAUACAGCUCGGGGCAACGUGCAUAUUGAAAAACAAGUUUUCUGCCAGUCAAUUCUGGAAAGACUGUGUGAAACAUAAUGUGACCGUGUUUCAGUACGUUGGAGAGCUCUGUCGCUACCUGGUCAACCAACCUGUGGUCCCUGAGGAGAGUGCCCACAAAGUGCGUGUUGCAGCAGGGAGUGGUCUGAGGGCAGAUGUCUGGAGGGAGUUUGCCAGACGCUUUGGGAAGAUCAAUGUCCGGGAAGCCUACGGUUUAACUGAGGCCAGCAUUGGCUUUGUCAACUACACCAAUGAAAUAGGACCCAUCGGAAGGGCGGGCUACUUCAACAAGCUUAAUAUGCCCUUUGAGUUCUUGAGCUGUGAUCCCCAAACAUAUGAGCCGAUACGGACCGACUCAGGACGAUGUGUCAAAGCAAAUAAAGGAGAGACGGGCCUCCUGGUGGCCCCGGUGUCGGUCAUGAAUCCUUUCCUGGGGUAUGCUGGGAAUACGCUUCAGUCAGAGAAGAAGCUCCUCAGGGACGUGUUCAAAGAGGGAGACGUGUACUUCAACACUGGAGAUCUCAUGCUUCAGGACCACAGAGACUUUGUCUACUUCCGUGACCGUAUCGGAGAUACCUUCAGGUGGAAAGGAGAGAAUGUGGCCACCACAGAAGUUUCAGAGAUUCUCGGAAGUUUGGAGUUCCUGCAGGAAGUGAACGUCUAUGGUGUUACUGUGCCAGGUUAUGAAGGCAGAGCAGGUAUGGCAGCCGUCGUCCUAAAGAUGGACCAAAAGCUGGAUGGUAAAAAACUCUACAACCAUUUGGUCCAAAGUCUCCCCGCUUACUCGUGGCCCUGGUUUCUACGGAUCCAGACAUCCAUAGAUGUGACCGAGACCUUCAAGCAGCAGAAGAGGAAGUUGGUGCAGGAGGGCUUCAGUCCUGAGGCCAUCCAGGAGUCCCUGUAUUUCUUGGACCUAUCCCAGAGAGACUACGUCCCGCUCACUCUGUCUCUGUAUGAUGACAUUGUCUCUGGAAAGAUACGGCUCUAGGCUGUCGAGUCAGGUCAGCAGGACUAAACAGAAAGGUGUGUUUCUGAUUUAUAACAGGUUUAUAUACAGUACUGUUUAAAGGUGUUAUUUACCCAGGAAGCCUCACUGACUGACUGUGUACUGUGCAUCUAAAUUUCAGCCACGUUUAAAAAAAAUAAUAAUCAUAAUUUUAGUUUCCGUUAAGGGAUUAUAUAAUAUGGUCAUUUUUAUCAGAUGCUUUUAUCCAAAGCAUCUUACAGUUAGCACCUGUAUACAGUAAGACUGAGCCAUCCGAGCCAGCAAAACCACAUAGUUUACCUAAAAGUUAAUACCUCAAAAGUGGUCCAAAAAGAGUCCAUAUUUUUGCACCCUCCGUUGUGUACUAUGUACUGCUAGAUGGUACAUUAGGAGAAUUCGCAGGCCUCAAUCCAACGUGAAAUGGAAAGGUUGACAAACAUCAAAUUCUAUCCAAUUGAAUUUAAAAUGUAAUUUAAUUUUAUGUCCUAUGUGGCAUCACAUGCUGAUCCACAUACCAGGUUUCAGUCGGCACGCGUUACAGCAGGUUGACCCCUAAAGCUUGACUCAUUUAUGACCUACAAUGGUCCUCUCUUGUCCACAAGAGGCCUUAAUUAUAUCCCCAAAUUUAAGACUGAGUUUUUCCUGGUCAAGUCACAUGGUCAUGAACAACUUCCAGCCAUAAGUAUGAUUUACAAAGCUAUUAAAUUAUUGUAAAUUAAUUAAUGAUUUUAAGACUUGCAACUGGUUUUUAUCAAGUGUGACCACCGUUAUUUAGUUCUUAUCAAUGGCAAAUGUAAUUUAACCUUUACUUAACCCGGAAAAGACCCUUUUGAGGUUAGAAACCACUUUUUGCGAGUUGUACCUGAGCGGGAAAUGCAAAAACUAACCCAGAUAAUCCCAUAAUUUUAAUCCAUAGACCUUUCAGAAAAACUAUAUCUUGUUUUCUAUACAUUUAGACCUUUCAGGAACUCGCUGCUUUUGCAUUACUACUAUGUGACGUUUUGAAUAAUGACCGUGUAUAUUGUAUGUAUGCCCUGGAUAACGUGGUUUAUUUUUGUGUUUAUGAUUAGGUAUUAGAUUAUUGCAUAGAUUUUAUGUGAAUAUAUUUUGUGUUUUUUAUAUAUAUAUAUAUAUAAUUGUCUUUUCUUUAUAUUAUAUUAUAUAUAUUAUAUUUAUAUAUAUUUAUAUAUAUAUAUUUUAUAUAUAUAUAUAUUUUAUAUGACAAUUUGUUUUGCGGUUAUGAAGAUGAUGUCAUAACCGCACACUGGCGACUCACUUACAGUGAAUUGCUCCGACUCUACAUAUCUGCAUCCUGACAUUCCUGAAAGUGCAUAUUAACCGACAGAAGGAACAUUUUUAGUUUAGGCAUAAGGGUCCAAAAUGAAUUCAGGUUACGUUUAGGUUAAAUGAAUUAAGUGUCGGUUUAGGAAGAGGGUUAAGGUUAGGUAUUGUUUCAGUGAGGUUAUGGUAAGGGAAAGGCAUACAAGUUGACUUUGCGUACUACCCGUUUGCCGACCAUUCAUUUUCAGAUGGUUGUAAAUAUAUACAGCCAUCCUUCUGGCCUUUUUAUGUUUUGAUUCCAACACAUAUCUCUAGUCAUCCUAAAUGUGGUGUUAUAACAUGUACUCUUGUCAAACAACAUUACAUUCCCAUUCCCUUUGAUUUUGAGACCACGCUAGGACAUAAUCUGUCUGUUAUCAUUUAAAAAAUUACACCCUGUUUUUAAAGUGAUGUCUGACCCAGAUUGAUUAAAAAAAUUAUGUACAUUAUUACAUUCCUUUCAGUUGAAAUAAACCAUAGUAUUUCCAUU